CCUUCAUCAUCACUUCCUCCAACGGCUUGCAUCGACAGCAAAUAAAUCCAUCACAAUCACACAAAAAUCACAUAUUCCUCGAUAACCAACCGACUUGGCAUAUGCAUUAAAGAAUUUUCUUCUUCAUAUGCCGUCAACAUGGCACCAGUAGCUGUCGAACCCCAACAUCUCUACGUGCCUCUGGUCGCGACAAUAUCGCAUGCAACUCUAGCCGUCGCACUGACUUCAAUCGUGGGACGCGGUCUGUACUUUUCAUACAAGUCACUGCCACCCGCGCAGUCGACGCGCCCGCGCCUGGCAAACCGUGAGAAGCUGGUACCUGUGUUUUCUGCCCUUGCCGCCCUUAGCUUGGCGCUGGCGACGCGUUCAACUUCCCAGUACGCGUCUAUAUCAUAUAGCAGAUGGGCGGAUGAGCGUGGUUUUGAUUCGGAAGGAUGGUUCCCUUACCUCACUGGCGGAAACUUGACACGCUGGCUAUAUGACACACCCGUGUAUCGAGAUGCUCUCGAGAUCGUCGCCGAGAAGGUGCGCCGUUUCUGGUGGGCCCAACAGGCAGACCUUGGUCUGAUAUCGUGGGCACUUCUACUCUCCAUAGAAGGGCAUCGCCGGCGGAUCCCUCACCUUUGGGCCUACCUGGCACUGUCACAGCUUGUCAAUUUGUCAUAUGCGCAAAACCUGUUCUAUCUCGCUCUGCUACUGACCCCAGUUCCCCUGGCGGAUGAUGAUAACAGAGUGGGCCAAGGAAAUACCAUGCUCGCGCGAGGGCUACGCCGAGUUUUUCCACCCAAGCCGGCGAACUGGUGCCCGCAUCCCGGCCUGUUCCUGGGCAUCCUGUUUCUGAACCUCGGAGCCGUAUCUUUGCUUCCUUAUGUCGCUGAAACAUCCACAAAAACUGACAGCAUAAUCUCGCUCGCGGUUACGACACUAGCCACAAGAGCACUUUCCUUCAUACUGGUCGUCAUGCCGGCAGCCAUCCCAGCAUCGUGGGGAACUGUACAUGCUCACCCGCACGAAGCAUAUGGAGCCUAUUCACAAAUCUUCCGCACAGCAUCACUGGCAAGUCUUGUCCUGCAUGGCAAGGCAUCGUUGACGGCACUCGCGUACAACACACCUGGCUCGCAUGUGCACAGGCACCUUCGAAUCCAAGGCGUGAUCCCUUCCUCCCUCGCAUGGGAAGACAAGAGGCGGACUGAGUGGGAAAGGACAGCAACAGCGGUGACCAAAGUCCUUGGGUCCACAAACGACCAUCCUGUUGUCGCUGCAGUGGGUAACGACGUUCUACUUUCGGCCUUAACAUUAGGCAUUUGGGCUGCCGCGCGAGCGCUCGAGCCAAAGCACAUUUUGCGCUCGUGCUGGCCGUUCUACUCUCCAGGAAACGCUGCCAGAUCAAUGGCCGAGGAUGUCAGCUCCCUCGCUGAGGGUUACGCAAAUGGCGUCGAGGUUGAACCGGCGGAUGAAGCAACGGCCAAGUCCGAGCUGGACCAUCAAGACAUGCCGAUAAGUCCUCGGAAACGCGGAAGACCGCCCAAGAAUGCGGCUAUUGCUAGCGUGUCCGCCUCUGACGAAACCACCCCAACAAUUCGGCGCCGUGGUCGGCCUCGAAAGGUCAAGCAAGAAGAGCCGGAACCGGAGCCAGAAAAAGAACAAAUCGCAGACCCGACAUAUGAGCCCACUCCAGAGGAGGUAGCAGAGUUGGUCGAAGGUGACGCCCUUCCGGAUGAGGAUUUGGACUGGGAGGUUGCUGCCCUUGCGUGGGGUAUCACGACGCUAGGUGGACUUGGGUGUGGCAGCGCUGGCGUCUAUGGAGGAGAAUGCAUUUCUCGGUAAUAAGAAAAGAAAUGUUUAUUUCUCGGGAGCUGUUGUCCGAGUAAUCUGUUGCCGGGGGUGACGUAUGUCAAGUAGCAAACUCAACCAACGGUCAUGGUGCGUGAUGCAGGAGGUGUUUGUGCACCAGGCUAGACUAGUUGUACAGUAUGUACGUGCAUGAGUACCAAAAGAGAAUUGACCAAUGUUCCACUGAAGCACAAGAGUACAGUAGGUCUCGGGCUGUUGAUCCGCGAUUCCCCGGUAGUAUCCACUUGAACUUGAAGGUAGGCUAAAAAAAAAGAUCAUGAGAUGCAAUGCAGGCCGCGAUGCAUUGCAUGGAGGAAGCAACGGGCCGAACGUAUUCUUGCCGGUAGAGAAAAGAGAAACAUGUGGUGGGGGUCGAUCACUCAAGUCAAUCCCACUCUGCCUUGGUACAGAAGCCAACCAGCCAAGUAGUCAGCAGGCACAUGAGCUGAUUUAGGGCACAAAAGAGACAUCUGAGAUAAAACAAACAAAA